AUGGCUUCUACCACCAAACGUGCCGACUUCGAGGCUGUCUGGCCUGGCCUGGUCAAGGAUAUCCUGGCCCACGCCCAGCGGUACAACCUGCCCGCCAAUGCGAUGGAGUGGUUCGAGAAGUCUCUCAACGCCAAUACACCCGGUGGCAAGUUGAACCGUGGGCUCUCCGUCCCCGACACCGGUAUCGCGCUUCUGGAGCAGCCCCUGAGCGAAGAGCAGUUCAGUCACCUCAGCAUCCUAGGCUGGCUGACGGAGCUGCUGCAGGCAUUCUUCUUGGUUAGCGACGACAUUAUGGACAGCUCCAUCACACGCCGCGGCCAGCCUUGCUGGUACCGGCAAGAGGGCGUGGGCAUGAUCGCGAUCAACGAUGCUUUCAUGCUGGAGGGUGCUAUCUACCAGAUCCUCAAGCAGAAGUUCCGCUCUCACCCAUCUUACAUUGACCUGGUGGAACUGUUUCUCGAGACGACCUGGCAGACGGAGCUUGGCCAGCUGUGUGAUUUGAUCACCGCUCCUGAGGACAACGUCGACCUCAACAAUUUCUCCAUGGACAAGUACAUGUUCAUUGUCACCUACAAGACGGCCUAUUACAGCUUCUACCUACCGGUGGCUCUGGCAAUGCACUACCUGCAGCGGGCCACCCCGGAGAACCUCAAGCAGGCUCACGAUAUCCUCAUCCCUCUGGGCCAGUACUUCCAGAUCCAGGACGACUACCUGGACAACUUUGGGGAUCCCGCCUUUAUUGGCAAAAUUGGCACCGACAUUCAGGAUAACAAGUGCUCAUGGCUGGUCAAUCAGGCUAUCCAACGCUGCACCCCGGAGCAGCGCCAGGUGCUGGACUCUGCCUACGGCCGCAAGGACAAAGAGCAAGAGGCCAAGGUCAAGGCCAUCUUCAACGAGCUUGAGCUUGAGAAGCUCUACAAGGACUAUGAAGAGAGCGUCGUUGGCGAUCUGCGGGCCAAGAUCGCCGCCGUGGAUGAAUCCAAGGGCCUGAAGAAGGAGGUGUUCGAGGCUUUCCUUGCCAAGAUCUACAAGCGCACCAAAUAG